UUUUGCAUCUUUUGGAUGGCGGAGGCGGCGGAUCGCGCCCGGGCGGCGGCAGCCCAGUGGCUGCUCUGGGACAAGAAUCCUAAAACUUUGGAAAUAGUGAAGCAGCUGAUUGCCAAGGGAAACACGGAAGAAUUAUUAAAAUGUUUCGGCUCCCGGAUGGAAUUUGGCACAGCAGGACUACGAGCGGCUAUGGGACCCGGAACCUCACAGAUGAAUGACCUGACUAUUAUUCAGACUUCACAGGGAUUUUGUAGCUAUCUUAAAAAGAACGUCAGGCACCUGAAACAAAGAGGCGUGGUUAUCGGCUACGAUGCGCGAGCCCAUCCACCAACUGGUGGUAGCAGCAAAAGGUUUGCAAGACUCGCUGCCACGACGUUCCUCACCCAGGGCAUUCCUGUCUACCUUUUCUCCCAGAUCACACCUACUCCUUUUGUGCCGUAUACAGUGAACCACCUCAAACUUGCCGCUGGAAUUAUGGUGACGGCCUCUCAUAAUCCCAAACAAGAUAAUGGAUAUAAGGUCUAUUGGGAAAAUGGCUCCCAGAUCAUCGGUCCGCACGACAGAGGAAUUGCUGAGGCCAUUAACGAGAACCUGGAACCGUGGCCUCAAGCUUGGGAGGACACCCUUGUUGACCAAAGCCCUUUUCUCCACAAUACUUUUGCAACGGUUAACCAGCAUUACUUCAAAGAUAUACAGAGGCACUGUUAUCACAGGGAUAUAAACAAGGAGACCAAGUUGAAAUUUGUUCACACCUCUGUGCACGGUGUCGGCCAUGAGUUUGUGCAGUCUGCCUUCAAGGCUUUUGACUUCAGCCCUCCGAUUGCUGUGCCCGAGCAGAAGGACCCCGAUCCGGAGUUUCCCACCGUCAAAUACCCGAAUCCAGAGGAAGGAAAAGGUGUCCUGGUUGAGCCCACGUUCACUCCAAUUGAAUAUAGUGGAGAAUGGAAAGUGUUUUCCGGCAACGAAACCGGAGCUCUUUUAGGAUGGUGGCUGUUUACGUGCUGGAAAAAUAAAAAUCAGACUCCGGAUGCCAUCAAAGACGUCUAUAUGUUAUCCAGCACCGUCUCCUCCAAAAUAUUGCAAGCAAUCGCUCUGAAGGAAGGUUUCCACUUUGAGGAAACACUAACAGGAUUUAAGUGGAUGGGAAACCGCGCCAAGCAGCUGAUAGACCAAGGGAAAAAUGUCUUAUUCGCUUUUGAAGAAGCCAUCGGAUAUAUGUGCAGCCCCCUAGUACUGGAUAAAGAUGGCGUCAGCGCCGCCGUCAUAACCGCGGAGAUGUCUAGCUUUUUGGCCACCAAGAAUGUGACUCUGUCUCAACAGCUGAAAAACAUUUACACAGAAUACGGUUAUCACAUCACCAAAUCUUCCUAUUUCAUUUGCUAUGAUCAGAAGAUCGUCGCGGCUCUGUUUGAGAAGAUUCGGAAUUACGAGGGGAAAAAUACCUAUCCCAAAACGUGUGGAAAAUUCCCCGUCUCUGGAGUCAGAGAUCUGACCACUGGCUAUGACAGUAACCGGGCUGAUAAAUUAGCG